AUAUCCCAAUGUAAAAUAAGGGUUAAAAUAAAUGGGCAAAAAAAAAAUCCCAAUGUAAAAAAGGGUUAAAAUAAAAUAUUUGGUCAUUCUACAGGAGAAUCACUGCUCUAGUAGUAUACAGUAGUGCCUACUACCCUCUUGUGGCCAAGGAAAGAUAAUGCACCUAAAAUAAUUUGGUUGAAACCGGAAGUUUCAGACGCCAUGGAAACGCAUGACGCUGACCUGUGCUGCUAAAUUAAUAGCUAGCUAGCAUCAAACGAAUAGCGUCACCUUCAAACUGUUGAAAUUAAUGUAUCGGAAAGCAAUGAAAGUGGUAGUUGACUUACAGUUUAGAGCGGUAUCAUGCCCUGGUGUGCAUUUGCCAGCCAAGGAUGACAUCUACCUCAGUGUGUGCUUCAUGAGCCAAUACCGCAAGUCUGUGUGUCUCCCCCCUGUCUUCCCUCUCCUGUUUCGAGAGAAGAUGAGAUUUGAGAAAGUGUUCCACUAUGCUGUUGACCCAGGAGAUGUUGCAGAGAUGCUGGAAUAUGAAACGGUCAAAGUUGAAUUGGUACAGUUGAUCCCCCCAGUGGGGGAGGCCCUGGCCUGCUUUGAGGAAGACGCCAGACGCUUCCUAUUUCCAGAGCCCAAAUUGGUUCCAUCCUUCUCUGGAGUGGACAGAGAGGUUCUCAUGACACGCUCCAUUAGCUUCCCUGGCAUUGCUCCAAGGUUAGAGUUCUCCACCAGAACAACCAUCAGUGAGUGCUCUGCGAACGCAGAGGUCAACAGCACCCAUCUCAGGUCUCCAAUGAGGACAGUAGUGCCAAAGAAACGCACUAAAAGGUCCCGAAAGGGACACCGGAGAGGAGAUUGGGACGGUGCCUGGCGGGCACCAGUGAUGCCCAGAUCACGCUCCCUCUCCCCGUGCAAAGCCAGCCAGAUGGACGGUUGUCAUGGAAAUAUGGGGCGGCUGGCACAGCUCAGUUUGGGUUCCAGCUGGGAUAUAGAUGAGGAGUUUUUACCCCGUCAUAAAAGCGACCCCUGGCUUGGGACUGGACACUCCCCUACACCCCACCUCUCCCCUGUCAUGGCCAGACCCACCCUGACCAACGACUCCUCUCCUCGUCUCCCACAGUCCCUGUCCUCUGACACAGACAAUCUCCUGGACUACCCACCAGGUCCAAGCCAACGGUGUUCCCUGGUUAACAUGGGGAGAUCCUCCACCGCUACACCCAGCCAUUCCAUGCUUUGGCACUCCUACAGGGAAAGCUCGAGACAAAAUGGGUCACGCCCCAGCUCCCAGGGCAUGUGGGAGGAGGUCCAACACCGCGUCCGAGGACUCCUUACCACCCCUAGAGCGGUGCACAGACUUGCCCGUGGGGCCACAGACUCCGAGAUAGACGAGGUCCUAGCCCGGAGGUCCAUCUCCCCUAACCGAUGCCCACCCUAGGGAGUCAGUGGGGAACGGCCUGGGAAGGGGUGCCGUUCACUCAACAACUUGAAGCUUUAUCUUCUAUACAACCAGUGAAGAAGCCAAAGUGUCCGGUUCAUUUCGGCAUUGAUUUCAUACGAUAAUGAUGUCAUAAUUCACUCUGUGUGUGUGUGUUACGGUUAGCUGAAAUGAAGUAUUAAGUCAUACGGUGGCUAUUGAAGAGAUUUACCAGAAUUCAAAGCAUCUCAUAUUAACGCUAAUGUUAUUAGUCAUUUUGUAUGUUUAUUUAUGGUAUUGAAUUGAGGCAGAAACCAUAGAAAUGUAUGUCAUUAUAGUCAUGUUCUGUGGACAUGGUCAUUUUGUGUGAAUAAAUCGUUUUGUGUUAUCUAACAAAAAGAAA